AGCAGCCACCACCACCUUUUGGAAAAGAAAUUAGAAACCAUUCACUCUCUGGUGUGUAUAUAUAUGUGUAAGCUCAUUUCCCUCGAAAUUCUCAACCGUUACUCUCUGUUUCUAUUUUCCGUUCUCUUCAUCGAACAACCUCUUUCGCCGGCGGCGAUAUCUCCGGCCGCCGCCUCGCGGUUCCCCGCCGAAUAUUCCGUUCAUUGCUUCUCAUUUCUGUUAUGCGCCGUCAAUCUUUGUUCGUUCAGGUCUUGAAUUCAUAAAUAAAGGAAACUUAAUAUUUUAAGUUAGCUUUUGCUGUACUCGAAGUUUUGGAAGCUUUUCACAAUGAGUGCAGCUGAAGAUCUUGUGAACAAAACAGAAGCUGGUGGAAAAGAAAGCCAGGACAACCACAUCACAGGUCUUGUAAAAAACAAUGAUGGUGUAAAUCCUGCAAAUCACCAGGCAGCAGGUGGGGCAGAAAGACCUGUAAGUGACCAAACAGAUGUUGACCGAAAUCCUACAAGUGAACAAGUGGGUAUUGCAGGAAAUAUGGUAAACAACCAAGCAGGUGCUGCAGAAACUCCCGCAAAGGAACACGUAACAGGUGGUGCGGAAAAUUCUGUACACAAUGAAGCAGGGGCAUCAAUAAGUGGUAUGAAGGACGAAGCUGGUGUUAUAGACAGUCCUGUAAACAGCAUUGUAACUGCUGCAGAAAUUUCUGUAAGCAGCCAAGCAGAUGCUGCAGCAAACAGAAAAGAAAAUCCAGUUGAAACCCCUGUAGCCUGCAAAGCAGAUCGCCUUCCGGAAGAAGCACAGGAGAUGCUGAAAUCAUUGGCUAGUCACUGGGAGGAUGUACUUGAUGCAAAUGCAUUGCAGGUCUUCCCUCUCAAAGGAGCAAUGACGAAUGAGGUAUUUCAGAUAAAGUGGCCAACUUCGACAGGAGAAACUUCACGAAAGGUUAUUGUUAGAAUUUAUGGUGAGGGUGUGGACGUGUUCUUUGAUAGGAGUCAAGAGAUUCAAACAUUUGAAUUUAUGUCAAAGAACGGGCAAGGUCCUCCUCUACUAGGACGGUUUGCAAAUGGUCGUGUUGAAGAGUUUAUCCACGCACGGACAUUAUCAGCAGCUGAUCUACGUGAUCCUACCAUUUCUGCUCUUAUAGCGGCUAAAUUGAAGGAUUUUCAUGAUUUAGAUAUGCCUGGUGAAAAGGAAGUCCACCUUUGGAAUAAAUUGCGAAAUUGGCUUAGUGAGGCCAAACGUAUAUCAUCCCCUAAAGAAGCUGAAGCAUUUUAUUUGGACACAAUAGACAAAGAAAUCACCCUUUUGGAAAAGGAACUAUCAGGCUCACACCAAAUGAUAGGAUUUUGUCACAACGAUUUACAAUAUGGUAACAUAAUGCUUGAUGAAGAGACCAAUUCUGUGACCAUCAUAGACUAUGAAUACGCUUGCUAUAAUCCAGUAGCAUUUGAUAUAGCCAACCACUUCUGUGAGAUGGCUGCUAACUAUCACACAGAAGAGCCUCAUAUCCUUGACUACAGUAAAUAUCCUGAUCUUAAGGAGCGUAAAAGAUUUGUGCUGGCAUACUUGAGUGCCUCUGAUGGCAGUGAAGUGGAGCAACUACUUCAAGAAAUUGAGAAGUAUACACUUGCAAAUCAUCUAUUCUGGGGCGUUUGGGGAAUAAUCUCGGCACAAGUAAACACAAUCCACUUUGACUACAAGGAGUAUGCUAAACAGAGGUUUCAAGAGUACUGGGCAAGGAAACCUUAUCUUCUAAUAAACUCCGAAGCACCUUCUCCGUAUAAUGUGCCCGAGGGUACAGGAGAACUAGCAUCAGCUCCCAGCCACAAAUCGAAGAACUCUAGUAUCUUCAGGAGGAUGAAGAAAGUUUUUGGUCUGGGUUUGUUCAGGUCUAAGAGCUAGAACAAUAUUUUCCCACUUUUUUUUUCUUUCAUUCUAUAUAUCGAUUACACAAAUAAUGUAUAAACAACCAUUACAUUUCGAUAUUAUAUUUCAUUCCUUUUCUUUCUUA